AUGGCGUUGAAGCGUAUCAACAAGGAACUCACAGAUCUUGGCCGUGACCCUCCCUCAUCAUGCUCAGCUGGUCCCAUAGGCGACGACCUGUUCCACUGGCAAGCGACAAUCAUGGGUCCUGGUGAUAGCCCUUUCCAAGGCGGUGUCUUCUUCCUAUCGAUCCACUUCCCGACCGACUACCCCUUCAAGCCACCCAAGGUCAACUUCACCACCCGAAUUUACCAUCCCAACAUCAACUCGAACGGGAGCAUUUGUCUGGACAUUCUCCGAGACCAGUGGAGUCCCGCUCUGACGAUAUCCAAAGUCCUUCUCUCCAUCUGCUCCAUGCUCACAGACCCAAAUCCCGAUGAUCCGCUUGUUCCAGAGAUCGCUCAUGUGUACAAAACCGAUCGCGCCCGGUAUGAAGCGACGGCUAGGGAAUGGACGAGGAAGUUUGCAAUCUAG